UUUCGGAUCGGUUCCAGGCCGGACAUAGGUCAAAACCAGUUCCGACAAUCGAAAGGAAUAUGGGGGAGAUCUAUCCCAUCAUGCCAUAGUCCUUAGUCAUAGCCUGCAAUGUGACAAUUUCAAGAUGGCGACCUUUCGGCGUCCAAGGAAAAGCAAGUGGGACGUACCAUCCACAGAUAAUGAUGACAGUACAAACAACAGCAACCUGUCAGCGACUGAUGCAGCUAAAGAAAGGGCAGCAAAAUUGAAUGCUAUGUUGGCUGCUCAAGGAAAGCUCGCUAAAGGCAAUCCACCUCCAUCUGUGGGUCAUCCAUCACCAGCAGCGAAAGUCACUGCCCCUCCACCAAUAGCUUUAAACAAUGGCAGUAAGAAUCUUACACAAGACCUGUUGACAGCUGAAGUGGAAAUCAAUGAUUCUCCUGCACGUGUUCUCCUUUGUCGAGGUACAACACAAGAUGAGAUCAACCGUUACAGUGGAGCUGCUGUAUCCACAAGAGGAAAAUUCAUGUCUGAACAGGAGAAGCAGGCAUUGGAAGGAACAGGAGUUAAACCUCUGUACCUGUGCAUUCAGGGACUCACACAGGAGAAAGUUGAUUUGGCCGUGAAAAGGAUUCGAGAAAUAAUGGCUGGUGCUGACGUGAACGCACAUCCUCCAACUCAGCCCCAGGGAAUGCCUGUUUCUUCACCACUGCCCACUCCUUCUUUCAAUCAACCUCUAGCGAUCUUUGACAGACAGCCAUUGCCACCAGGGAUGCACUAUGUUCAAGACAAGGUGUUUGUUGGUCUGGAUAACACUCUGCCAGAGUUUAAUCUUAAGGAGAAGCUUCAAGGACCAGGGGGGUCAUAUUUUCAGCAUAUCAGCAUGCAAACAGGGGCCAAGGUUCAGCUUCGUGGUAGAGGGUCUGGAUUUAUUGAACCUACUUCUGGUAAAGAAGCUUUUGAAGCACUCUACAUCUACAUUAGCCACAGUAAAGUUGAUGGCUUAGCAGCUGCAAAGAAAUUAGUAGAAAAUCUUAUACAAACGGUCCAUACAGAAUACAAAGCAUUUGAGCAAACAAGGAGGCAACAUUAUGGAUAUUCACCUUACAUGAAUGGUUAGUGUGUAUUAUAUCAGGCUAAGUACUGUGUAACUUGAUUCUUUGAGCAGCUUCAUGUUGCUUCUCCAGAUUUACAACAAGGUACAUAUACAUGGUAUGUCUUGCUGUUAUGGGCUUUGUCUGUAAAAAAGGUGUGUUUCUUUUGCCACAAUUUUUGCCACUGCAGUUGGUAGACAUCAAGUGUACUCCACAACAUGUUAAUUUGUAAUUUUCACGUCAAGACUGCAGGAAAAGUUGGACAUGCGUAAAACAUGUUUCUGGUUAGAACUUAGUCUAAUGAACUGUCAGAUACUAUUGUACACUGUAGAUGUAUGUCGUAGAUGGAUGUAUAUUGUCUUAGCAU